AUGGAGCCUGCCACUCGAAUAUUAUCUCACGAAUCAACCAAAAGCUAUCUGGAAAGAGAAUUGAUUGUGUCUUUGAAUAACAAUGGCCCAAUGAUUGGGCCCACAUUGGAAAUGAUGGAUUCGCACCAUCCCAAUGAUGAAACCUAUCAAGAUCAUGAUAAACUCAAACAGGAGCAAAUUGAAAGACGCCCAUCAUCGUCCUCAUCUACCAGCUCGUCAUCCAUUACCACAGAUACAGUUGUUGCAGGCAAAUCAAAGAGAGGAUUUCGAUUUUGGUGCAUGACAAAAGAUAAUUCUGAUCCAAAGCAGUUUCCCAAAUACAAGAAGAAUAUGAUUUUGUGUGUUGUGGCUAUUGGAGGUGCUAUAUCACCGGUUUCAUCUACGAUUUAUUAUCCAGCGCUGAUUACGAUGCAAGAAGCUUUUCAAACCACAGAUACUACCAUGAAUGCAUCACUGUCUAUAUUUACUUUCUUUACUGCCUUCUUUCCUCUGGUUUGGGCAACAUUUGGUGAUUUAUUUGGUCGAAGACGCAUCUAUAUUAUUUCAUUCUUCAUUUCAUUCGUUGGCAGUGUGUGCUGUGCAUUGUCUGUCAAUGCUGAAAUGUUCAUUGUGUUCCGAGCCUUCAGUGCUGUGGGAUCAUCAUCGGCAAUGUCCAUGGGAGCAGGUACAAUUGCUGAUAUUUUCGAGCCUCAUGAGAGAGGUAGAGCAUUCGCAUUUUACACAUGUGGACCAUUAUUGGGUCCUGCAAUAGGCCCAAUUAUCGGUGGUUACUUGAAUCAAGGUCUCGGCUGGAGAAGUACAUUUUGGUUUUUAUCCAUUUUUGUCUUUUUGACAUGGCUUGGUAUUGUAUUCUUUCUCCCAGAAACUUGGCGAGCAAGCCCACCUGCAGCACCAGUUGCUGCAAUCAUAGAAAAACCAAUAAGUCCUACUUCAAGCAAUAUGGAGCAUCCCGAGGAGCAUCUGGACAAAGACAUUGAAGCACAAAAGCCUAAAGAACAAGAAGCAGCAAAGAAAAAGACUCGGUUUGUGAAUCCAAUUGGGGCCCUGAGGCUACUACGAUACCCCAAUAUCGCUUUGGCCGUUACAUUUGUGGGCAUCUUAUUCUUUGUACUCUAUCUGAACAAUACAAAUUUUACGAGAUCAUAUACCCUUCAAUAUGGAUUUGAUUCCGGCCUUGUAGGUGUCUGCUACUUGCCCUCUGCUGCAGGCUCUAUGGUGGGCGGUAUCAUGGGUGGUAGAAUGUCUGAUAUUACUUACAGACGCAACGUUGAAAAGGCCAAAGAGAAUGACCAAGAGGUACAUCCUGAGAUGCGUCUUGGAGGGUUCUUGUUUUACGCUUCCAUGGUGCUUCAAUUAGUGAGCUUCGUUGCUUAUGGUUGGUGCCUCGAGGAAAAUGUUCAUUUUGCAUACGGUUUAGUGUGCCAAUUCUUUUUGGGUAUUGCUCUCAUGUUUCCCAAUGUUACUCUGAGUGCCUACAUGGUAGACUGCUUCCGCAAACAAGGUGCAUCUGUCACUGCAUGUAACAACUUUGCUCGUUAUAUUAUGGCUGGUAUUGGCUCAUUGAUUGCUUCUGAUAUUCAGAGAGCCAUGGGAAAUGGACCUUUGUUCACAUUUUGUGGCUGUCUACUUUUGGUUUUCACAAUCAAUUUAGUCCUUAUCAAAAGAUAUACUCUCAAAUGGGCUGCUCUUAGAAAAGCUUUGGCUUAA